AUGCAGAGAAUAUUAGAGAAGAAACACUUCAGAAACAAACAGAAAGAGAUAGAAUACAUUUCGAAGAAAUUGCAAUCUUACGAUUGGAAGACUUACCCUCACAGAUGUCUUCUUAUCUUAGAUGACUUUGCUUCUCAUCCUUUGUUAAAGAACAGAGAACAAGACAUGUGUCGAAUUCUUAAGAAGCUCAGACACUUUAACAUCUCAGUUGUCAUUUGUGUACAGACAGCAAAGAGUUUAAGUAAGGAUGUUAAAAGAAUACUUACUGACAUAAUACUUUUCCCGGAUUGUCCGAAGACGAUUUCAUGGAACUUAUGA